AUGGCGAAGACCUACGACUACCUGUUCAAGCUGCUGCUGAUAGGAGACAGCGGCGUGGGGAAGACCUGCCUGCUGUUCCGCUUCAGUGAGGACGCCUUCAACACCACCUUCAUCUCCACCAUCGGGAUUGAUUUUAAGAUCCGGACGGUGGAGCUGGACGAGAAGAGGAUCAAACUCCAGAUCUGGGACACGGCGGGUCAGGAGCGCUUCAGAACCAUCACAACUGCCUAUUACAGAGGUGCCAUGGGCAUCAUGCUGGUUUAUGACAUCACUAACGAGAGAUCCUUCGACAACAUACGGAACUGGAUACGCAACAUAGAGGAGCACGCGUCGGCAGAUGUGGAGAAGAUGAUUCUGGGAAACAAGUGCGACAUGAACGACAAGAGACAAGUUUCCAAGGAGAGAGGAGAGAAGCUGGCCAUUGACUACGGGAUCAAGUUCCUGGAGACCAGCGCCAAGUCCAGCAUCAACGUUGAGGAGGGCUUCCUCACACUCGCCAGAGACAUCAUGAGCCGACUCAACAGGAAGAUGAAUGACAGCGGCCCUGCAGGUGGAGGAGGGCAGGUGAAGAUCACAGAGUCUCGCUCCAAGAAGAGCCUGUUCAGAUGCCUGCUGCUGUAGGCGGAGCCUCCUGCUGCCGACCAAUCAUCUCUGGACUCUUGAAGAGACUUAAUUGGCUCCUCCUUCGGU